GGCGGUUCCGAUGUCCCCACACCUCCCGUGCCCGUCCCCCUGGGCUGUCCCUGUGCCCCCAGGGCCGGUUCCCCGCUCGCCCCGGUGUCUGACUCCCGUUGCGGCAGGCGCGGGGCUGGAGGUGCGGAGCGCGGAGCUGCGGCGGCCGCUGCCGGGCUGGACCGAGGCGCUGCCCUCCGAGACCCAUCUGGUGCUGCGAGGCCCGGCGGUGGCCCGGGCCUGGCCGCGGGCGGCGGCUCUGCGAGGGGCGACGGAGCCGCCGGCCUGGAGCCGGGACCUGCCGCCGGAGACACAGGCACCAGGAUCCGCCGCCUCACCGCUGCCGCUGCUGCCCGGAGGCUUCGCCGCGCCGCGGCCUCCCUUCUUCACCCCGCUGCCCGGGGAGGUGCGGGCCCGGCGACUCGUCCUGGGCCACGAACAUGUCCUGAUGCUGGGAGAAGCCGGGGAGGUCUACACGUGGGGGGGCGGCAGGCACGGGCAGCUUGGCCAUGGCACCCUGGAGUCGGAGCAGCAGCCACGAGUGGUGGAGGCGUUGGGCGGUGUGCCCAUGACAGCAGUGGCAGCUGGCGGGUGGCACUCGGCCAGCAUCAGUGAGGCAGGAGAUCUCUACCUGUGGGGCUGGAACGAGUCCGGGCAGCUGGCUCUGCCCUGCAAAGCACUGGCAGAGGAGCAGGCACAGGCCCAGGACGCAGGUGAGGGGGCACCGUGCCAGGAGCGGCCGGGGGCCGAGGCUGCUGCCUUCAUCUCCAUCCAGGCCCUGCCGGCGCUGCUGGACCUGCCCCGGCAGCCGCAGGUCAGCAGGGUCAGCUGUGGCUCCCGGCACACAGCUGCUGUCACACGAGGGGGUGAGCUCUACACCUGGGGCUGGGGCAAGUACGGGCAGCUGGGACACGGGGACAGUGCCAGCUCCGACCAGCCGCGUCCUGUCAGGUACCUGGCAGCCCAGGGGCUGCGGGCACAGGAGGUGGUGUGCGGGCCCUGGACCACCUACGUCUGCGUGCUGGAGGCAUGAGGAGGAGAGGGGCAGGCUCUGCUCCUGCACCCCUGCUGGCAGGACCCUGGCCCCUCUCUGCACCCAGGGAUGGGGCAGGCAGCCCCUGCGGAUGAACUGGUCCAGUCUAGCACCUCGUGGUGAGCAGGGCUGGCAGC